CGCCGCCCGCGCCGCCCCGCAGCUCUGCGUCCCGGUCCUCAAUCAGCACAGAAACUCAGAAGACAGAGGCAAGUCCUUCCGCGAUGUCCUACAGACGAGAGCUGGAGAAAUACCGUGACCUGGAUGAAGAUGAAAUCCUGGGGGCCCUCACGGAGGAGGAGCUCAGGACACUGGAAAGUGAGCUGGAUGAGCUGGACCCCGAUAAUGCACUGCUGCCUGCAGGCCUGAGGCAGAAGGAUCAGACCACCAAGGCGCCCACAGGCCCCUUUAAAAGAGAGGAGCUCUUGGAUCACUUGGAAAAGCAAGCCAAGGAGUUUAAGGACCGAGAAGACCUGGUCCCCUACACAGGGGAGAAACGAGGAAAGAUCUGGGUCCCUAAGCAGAAGCCAAUGGAUCCCGUGCUUGAAAGUGUGACUCUGGAGCCAGAACUGGAGGAGGCCUUGGCUAAUGCCUCAGAUGCAGAGCUCUGUGACAUUGCAGCAAUUCUGGGCAUGCACACGCUCAUGAGCAACCAGCAGUACUACCAGGCCUUGGGCAGCAGCUCCAUCGUGAACAAGGAGGGACUCAACAGUGUGAUUAAACCCACGCAAUAUAAGCCUGUGCCCGAUGAGGAACCAAAUUCAACAGAUGUAGAGGAAACACUGGAGCGGAUCAAGAACAAUGACCCGGAACUUGAAGAGGUCAACCUCAACAAUAUCCGGAAUAUCCCCAUACCCACCCUCAAGGCAUAUGCAGAGGCCCUGAAAGAGAACUCCUAUGUGAAGAAGUUCAGCAUCGUGGGGACCCGGAGCAAUGACCCUGUGGCAUUUGCGCUGGCUGAAAUGCUCAAAGUGAACAAGGUGCUGAAGACGCUGAAUGUCGAGUCCAACUUCAUUUCUGGAGCUGGGAUCCUGCGCCUGGUGGAAGUCCUACCGCACAAUACUUCUCUGGUGGAACUGAAAAUCGACAACCAGAGCCAGCCCCUGGGCAACAAAGUGGAAAUGGAAAUAGUGAACAUGUUGGAGAAAAAUGCAACACUCCUCAAAUUCGGAUACCAUUUUACCCAGCAGGGGCCCCGGCUGCGGGCAUCAAAUGCCAUGAUGAACAACAACGACCUUGUGAGGAAGAGGAGGCUCGCAGACUUGACGGGGCCCAUCAUUCCCAAGUGCCGCAGCGGUGUCUAGUGUAUGAGGGGAAUCCCACGCCUGUGAACUGGAGAGUUCUACUGACAAUCAUGUUCCAUAGUGGAGACCAGGAGGCAAAAUGCUGGCACAAAACUCCUGUGGCAGUUCUUUAUGCACUAAGGUUUUAGGUUAACUAGUGGUUGUAGCUGAAACUUUUAUAAACUAUGGUUAAUGUGAAGUUUUUCUUUAGUCACAGAAGUUCAGUCUGGUUAGUAUUUAAAAACAAAGAAGUCCUCAAACUGUCAGAUCUCACUGCAGAUGGCAUGACAGUGACAGUGACUUACGCCCAGGAGCCCCGCCCAGUGGCCUUGCUGUGGUGUUUUGGGUGCAUUUACAACAUGGAAUAAAGAGCACUCUUCGA